AAUAUUUAGUCUUGAACCUUCUAGGUCCCCCAUAGAAUAGCAUGAUGGCACAAGCUCCACAGCCAAAGAUUGAACCUGAGGAAGUCAUCCGGGCUACCCGAGGUCCCACUGAAAUAAUUGGUGGAGGUAUCCGAACUGUGCUUCUUGGACCCCCUGGUUCUGGUAAAGGAACCCAGGCGCCUAUGCUAGCUGAGAAGUAUGAGUCUUGCCAUUUGUCUACAGGCGACCUUCUACGUGCCGAAAUGAGUUCUGGUUCAGCCUUAGGCAGAAAAAUCAAGAGCUAUGUGGAUGAGGGCAAGCUAGUCUCAGACGAUAUGGUCUGUGAACUUGUCGACGUGAAUCUAAAUAAGCCAGAGUGCCAAAAAGGCUUCAUCCUUGAUGGUUUCCCACGAACUGUAGUGCAAGCUGAGAAGCUGGACGAGUUGCUGCAGAAACGAAACGAGCCGCUGGAUGCUGUAGUAGAGUUUAGCAUAGACGAUAGUUUACUUGAACGCCGUAUUACUGGACGAUUGUUCCAUCUCAAAAGUGGAAGGAGCUACCACGAAGAUUUCAACCCACCAAAGGAGCCAAUGAAGGACGACAUUACUGGUGAACCUUUAGUUCGACGAAGUGAUGACAAUGUCGAGGCGCUCAGAAAACGAUUGGCUGUUUAUCACAGCAUGACGACUCCUCUAAUUGGUUACUAUCAAAAGCGUGGAAUCCAUACCUCGGUGGAUGCUAGCAAAUCCAUGGAUGCUGUAUCACUCAAACUAGAUCAAAUAUUCGCCAAAAUGACCGUUAAAAGAGAGAAAGCUGCUUACGUAUAGGAAUGGAUGAACACGUGCAGUUGAUUAGUUAUAGAGGUCUAGCAGGAUUUUCGCAGUACUGCCUCGAUUGGAAAUGUUUUGGGAUUUUGAGAUUAGGGAUAGCCUUGUAGAUACAUUCUUGUGCCAUUAUUUAUUCUUGUGAUUUCUGACACCACUAUCUACUGAAUGUCUAAAUUGCAUGGGAAUAAUUCUCUAAGUUUCAGCAUUUACUAAGAAAUUUAUAUGGUUUUAUACGAUAUUUUGACCAAAAUCCAUACAACAGACUCACCUUCAUGUGUGAUUGUGCAUUCUUCUUGGUUUUCGUUUUUCUAACCAUUUAAGUGGAUCUGAAAUAUAUGGUAAAAUAACUUAUUAUGUAGGAACUAUCAUUUGUUGAGUUUUCCAUUCUUGUUAAUUUUACCGGUCUUUUUCGUGUAUCGUAACAGCCUUUAUAGCACAACUUUCAUGAUUUUCAAAAUGCAAUUUGGACAAACAAUAAAUCUUGCUAUCUGCUC